AUGAUGGCGAUCAAGGUGGGCCGGAAGAAUGCACAGACCUCGCUGAAAAUCAUCCGAUUUCCAGACGACUUGCGACUCACCAACGUGGCCCACCUCAUCUUGAGGGCGCGAUCGGAGCCCAACUGUGUCCUCCCGAGAGAGGCGAUCACACGAGUCACACCCGGUGGCGAGGGCGACUUUGACAUUGAUGAGGUGGCCUUCGACGAGGAGAUGGACAUUGCAUUGCAAGAAAUAGACUCUUCCAAUCUCAACUUGGACUACAUAUGA